UGGCCUGGAUAAUACUCCUUCCUUCUUCACUUGGCCUGCUUCAGACAAAGUUUCUGCUUGGCUUGAAGGAAAAUGAAGAGAGAAGUAUUGGUACCCACAGGAAAAUGGGGCGAGAAAACAGAUCUGGAGCGAUCUACACGUGUUUUAUCCCCCCAUCAAAUAAUGCUUCUUCCUCUUUGAUUUAAUCCUCCCUGUCGGAGAGUCUGUGUGUUUGGCUUGAAGGAUAGAGAGAUUUUGUGUUUGGUUGGAAGGAAAAUGGAGAGAUCAGAUGCCUAUAUUUUGGUAUUUCCAUACCCAACACCAGGCCACAUAAACCCAAUGCUCCAAUUCUCAAAGCGCUUGGCCUCAAUGGGCCUCAGGGUCACCCUAGUUACAACCCAACCCAACACAAAGCCCAUUGAGGAGGCCCAAUCCAACUACCCAAUCCACAUUGAGCCCAUCUCAGAUGGAUUCCAACCAGGCGAAAAAGCCCAAAGCGUUGAGGCCUAUCUAGAGAAGUUCCAAAAGGUGGCCUCACAAAGCCUGGCCCAACUAGUUGAAAAACUGGCCAGGUCCAAACGGCCCAUUAAGUUUAUAGUUUAUGAUUCUGUGAUGCCAUGGGCCUUGGAUACUGCCCAGGAACUGGGCCUAGAUGGGGCUCCAUUUUACACGCAGUCUUGUGCUGUCUCAGCCAUAUACUACCAUGUGAGCCAAGGGAUGAUGAAAAUUCCUAUAGAAGGCAAAACGGCAUCGUUUCCCUCAAUGCCAUUGCUGGGGAUCAAUGAUCUGCCCUCCUUCAUCUCUGAUAUGGACUCCUACCCAUCUCUGUUAAGGCUUGUUUUGGGUCGGUUUUCGAAUUUUCGGAAAGCAAAGUGCCUCUUGAUCAAUACUUUCGACAUGUUGGAAGCUGAGGUUGUGAAGUGGAUGGGAAGCCAGUGGCCUGUGAAGACAAUAGGACCAACAAUUCCAUCCAUGUACUUGGACAAGAGGUUGGAAGAUGACAAAGAUUAUGGACUCAGCCCCUUGAACUUGAAUGUUGAUGCCUGCAUUACAUGGCUAGAUGCAAGGGACAUUGGCUCGGUUGUUUAUGUAUCUUUUGGAAGCUUGGCCUCAUUGGGAGAGGAGCAGAUGGAGGAACUAGCAUGGGGGCUGAAGAGGAGCAAAGGCUAUUUCUUGUGGGUGGUCAGAGAAUUGGAAGAGCAAAAGCUCCCUAGCAAUUUUAUAGAGAACACAGCAGAUAAGGGUUUGGUUGUGAGUUGGUGUCCUCAACUGGAUGUUCUAGCUCACAAAGCUGUGGGGUGUUUCAUGACUCAUUGUGGGUGGAACUCAACCCUAGAGGCUCUGAGCUUGGGGGUUCCAAUGGUGGUGAUGCCGCAGUGGACAGAUCAAAUGACAAAUGCUAAGUUUGUUGCAGAUGUGUGGGGAGUCGGGGUUAGAGUUAAGGCCUCUGAUGAGAAGGGGAUUGUUAAAAGAGAGGAAAUAGAGGAGUGUAUAAGGGAAGCCAUGGAGGGAGAGAGAGGGAAGGAGAUGAAAAGGAAUGCUGAAAGGUGGAAGGAGUUGGCUAAGGAGGCAGCAACUGAAGGUGGAAGCUCUGAUAAGAACAUUGAAGAAUUUGUUAAAGAAAUUUUAUGCAGCUGAUGAUGUAGAUUACAAGCAGAAACUUUUUCUACUUUGAUUUCAUUUGAUUUGGAGGAGUGUUAUAACACACCAGAGCUCAAAGUAGGUGUCAAAAUAUAUGUAUGGAAGAGACAUGCAUGAUCAAUAAAGAAAUUAUGUUGUGAGGAGGAUUUAUAUUAGAUCAGCUUGCUAAAACCCCCCUUGUUGACGGUUUUUGUAGUUUCAAAACUAUUAUGUAUUUGGACUAUGGAUUGUAGGAUUGUU